AUGGGGAGCAGCAAACAAGUUAAAGUCUCGAAUCGGGAAUUGAAGAGGAUACUUGAGGUCACAAUGAGUUCUUCAAGAAAGGAUUGGUCUAAAAAGAUUGACGAUGCCUUGUGGGCAUAUAGGACAGCUUUCAAAAUAUCGAUAGACAUGUCUUUUUAUCACCUAGUUUUUGGAAAAGUGUGUCACUUGCCAGUUGAAUUAGAGCAUCGUGCUUAUUGGGCGAUCAAAAAUUUGAAUUUUGAUUUGAAAAUGGCUGGUGAAAAGCGUUUACUUCAACUAAAUGAAAUGGAUGAAUUGUGCCUGGAAAUAUAUGGGAAUGCAGAGCUUUACACAAAAAUGCACCAAAAAGUAGAAUGA